AUGACGACCAUUUCAGCUGCUCCCGACUCUCCACCCGAGCUCUCUGGAUCCAAAUCCUCCAAGUCCUCCUCGUUCCGUUCCUCUUCCCAACACUCCGGUCCCGAUGGCAUCCUUGCCGACGUCUCCAAUUUCGAGGAUAUAGGUUUGGAGGAGGAGUAUGUUGACCCACGUCACUUUGCCCAGGACAAGUUUGCUGUAAGGCCAAGUCGCCGCGUAUCCGCUACCAUAGGCCCUCACACUAUAGCUAUGGCGACCACAACGAGAGAUUUGACAGCCUCUGCUAGCAGGAAGGACUACCCUAAGCUCCAGAGUCAGGUUCAGGGUACUUUGGAGGCAAUGCAAUCUCUUACUCUCCCGCGAUCCAGGAGUGCAUCACGUAGAGUGACCACUAGCCCUUCAGCUCUGUCACUGCACCUCCGCGCUUCACCACGACAACGGUCGAGAUCCCCUUCCCCGGGCACACAUCCAACUCUGUUAUCAUCAACCAACAGUGCACCACUGCCACCAAGGCCCCGACUUACUACAUCUCGAUCCUUCACACGUUCUCCGUCGCAGCAGCGGCCCCGAAAGACUGUAGAGGAGUUGGAAGAUGAAUAUCAUGAUUCAGACGAGGAACUUCCUGAAGAUGCAACGCUAUGGAACGUACCUAUCUCUCCACGCCCUCCCCAGCAGCGACCUGGAAGCAGAGGCCCUAGCCCCGAUCGAAGGAGCCCUGGUCCUCGACCGAUUCCGCUGUGCCAUUCGACGUCAGCUCCACCAUUAUCAUCACCUCCAACAACAACAACAACAACAACAACAACAUCACCACCAACGUCAGCCAGGCCGCAGAGACCGAAACUGUCAAGAGCAAGCUCCCUGGGCCCUUCUCGGACGCAAGCUCUGCCUCGUUCCCCGCGUAUCAACUCGUGGAAUCUGGUCAUGUCUGAGCUUUCUGAGGAAGCAAAAAUAUUGACUGAAGCGCUGGAAUUCCAUGCUGAUGCUGCGAUACAGAAGCGCGAAGAAAGUCUUCAAAGUGGAAAGUCAUCUACUAGAUCUAGUCUGGAGCAGGGGAAACGUGAAUCCAAUGGCAUGAUUCAGCUUCCACCCUUGCAGAAAUCAAAUAUCAUGAUUGACCCCCUCCCCAUAAGCAAGGAGAAAGAAAAAGUUUUAUCGCGAACACGACCAAGCUGGCUUCCUCCCAAAGACCCAAAGGAGGAAAAGAAGCAUUUAUUGGAGUAUAAGCGUAUGAUGGCCCUCUCACGUGAAGCGGACAAACGGAAAGCUGCGGAAGCUGCUUCUGCCCAGUGUAAGAAGGAUGAUACCCGCAAGACAUUGCAGCGCAUCUGGGAUGACUAUGUCUUCCCUGAUUGGGACCGCGUUAUAUCGGAACAUCGCACUAGGGAGCUGUGGUGGCGUGGAAUUACGCCCCGUUCCCGAGGAGCUGUCUGGCAACGUGCCUUGGGAAAUGACCUUGCUCUAACGGAGGAGACUUACGUCAAGGCUCUCGAAAGGGCUAAUCAUAUUCAAAAAUCAACGGAUGACAAUGCAAGUGAUACAAACAAAAAGAUGAAAGAGUGGUUUGCGGGUAUUCGCCGGGAUGCAUCAACAGCAUUCCCGGACCUUCAUUUAUUUGGCGAAGAUGGACCGCUACGCGAAAAAUCUUGUGCACGUACUUGA